CGUUGCCGUUGCUUCAAGGAUUUUUGCCGAGAAAAACCCGGUGCUCCACGGCCCAUGGCGCCUACGGGAGAUCCCGGGGAUCCCAGUCCCCUGACGCGUGCAGAACUGCAGGAGGAGUUCCAGAACUUCUCUCAGCGACUUCUGGAAGAUGCCCUGGAGCGCUUUGCGGAGAAGACGGCCAAACAGGCCUGUGCCCGGCUGGAAGAGCUGUUUUGUUCCUUUUCGGAGCAGUUGAAGCACGGCAGUGGCAGUGGCAGCAGCGUGUCACGCCGCAGCAUGGAACGGAAAUCGUUGCAGGGGGUUGCUGCGAUGGGGGAUCUCGACUGGGGGCAUCGACACGUGAGACCGGCGGCGCUGAUGAAGGUGGAGGAGCCAAAGCGAAACAGCACAAAUCUGGCUGACAUUUGGCACGCCGUACGGGAACGGAAGGCAAAACUGAAGCCUCUGCUUAAGAAGGGGGUCGAGGCAUCGGAACGCAGCGUCUCCCCGGAGAAAGAUUCAGACCAAGACUUCUCAGCUGAGGAUGGUAUUGAUCCAUCAGAGACUCAGCCAGAUCCCGUUCCAUCAGGGGAAGCUCGCAGAGUCGUGAAGCCAAAAUUGAGGCCGCUCCCGGGUCUGUUGGAUGAAGAGCCAUCGGGGACUCAGCCAGAUUCCGUUCCAUCAGAAAACGCUCGCGGAGUCGUGAAGCCAAAAUUGAGGCCACUCCCGGGUCUGUUGGAUGAAGACUUGUCACCUCCACCACCCAUGGCCGUAGAUCAUCCGUCAGCACCCCCCACUCAGCCGGAGCCCUUGGAGAAUCUGGAUACGGAGCAAAAGCCCUUGGCAUCUGCGCUACAGAAAGCACCACGACAUACGCGGCGAGUGUUGCCGGGCCUCAUGGACAGCGAGCAAAGCCAACAAAGUGAAAGAUCGCAGGAGGUGCAAUUUGAAGGGGCGCAGCUCAGUCACAGAUCAAAUGAGCCGGAGAAGAACGAAGAUCGGACAGAAGAUCGGACAGAAGAUCGGACAGAAGAUCGGACAGAAGAUGAGGUUCCUGACGUGCUCAACCGGCAGCCGGCCCCCCGGGGCAAGUCUGUCCGAAGGAAGACUCGGGCGACGGGAAAGAUGUCAACAGUGUGGGAUCCUUUGGUGCAACGGGUGAAUCAGCCGACGGGAAUGGAUGCGAGUGAGUAUUCAGCAUCAGAGAGCGUUGCAGAGGGAGGAGGAAAGUCGUGCUGGCAGAUCUAUGAGAUGGUCAUCUACGCUUGGCCUUUGGAGUAUUUGGUCCUCACGGCCAUUUUGAUUAAUGCGGUGAUCAUCGGCCUGGAGACGGACACCAUGUCGCGGCAGUUGCUAACGGAGCCGCCAAAUCAGUUCAUAAUUUUCGGAUGGGCCUUUUGCAUAUUUUUUACGCUUGAGAUGGUGCUGAAAAUUAGUGCAAAUCCCAAUCGAUUCUUCAAGGGUCUUGGUUGGCAGAUGAAUAUCUUUGACUUGUCCCUGGUUGCGCUGCAGUGGCUGGACGUCUUUGUGACUGCCUCUGCCACCGACGACUCCAGUUCUACGAAUUUCAAUGUCAUGCGGAUUGUCAGGAUGGUGCGCUUGGUGCGGAUUGUCCGCAGCUACCGCGUCCUGAGGAUGCUGGGUGAAGUACGGGCCAUUGUGUGGUCCGUGGGCACUUCCUUUAAGCCUUUGUUGGGAGCCAUGCUUGUGCUUAUUGGAGUGAUAUAUUUGAUGGCAGUUUACCUGGUUGAUACUUGCAAUGCGUAUCGAGUGUCUAUGGAAAGCACAGAUGCCGGUUUCCAACCUUUGGGGAACUACUUCGGGUCCGUAGGUGGAGGUAUGCUGACGUUAUGGCAGGCAAUGACUGGUGGAUUAGACUGGGCUUCUGUGAUGUCACCUUUGUUGGAGCAUACAUCUCCCAUCGCAGUUGCCAUUUUCCUUUUCUACAUAGCUUUCAGUUUGCUUGCACUUCUCAAUCUCAUCACAGGUGUUUUCGUUGAAAGUGCGGUGAAACGGGGCAAGGAGGACAAAGACAACUACUUGGUCCAAUACGUCCGCGGAGUCUUUAAGAAAAUGGAACAGACCAACGCCAGGGUCAUCACUUGGGAAGACUUUCAAGCUAGCCUGGACACCAACGAGAUGAAAGAGUUGUUCAAGGCCAUUGAUCUGGACAUCUCUGAAGCGCAUUGCGUCUUUAAGAUCCUUGAUUUGGAUGAUGACGGUGCGCUUGAUGCGGAUGAGUUCCUGAGUGGCUGCCUGAGAUUGCGAGGUCCAGCCAAAACACUUGAUGUCUUGGUUCUCAUGAGGGAGAUUCGGAGCAUGCAGAAUCAGAUCAUGGAACAGAUGGAGGGCGCACCCCCAGAGGAAUGACGAGCGCGUUGUGGCUCAUCAGCCGGGCUGAUGUGAUGUCUCCAUGAAUUUGACCGAAAUCAAGUUGAG